CCGUUCUCACGUGUCACUGAAGAAGUCAUUUACAUGGCGUCUUCCUUUGCAGCUCAUACGCACCCUUUAUCAUGGACAUCCUCAAUGAAGCUGCUCUCUCAUUCGUUUGCCCCUCCUAAUCGCAAGAGCUCAUUGCUUUCUUACCGCAGAAAUCGUAUGUCAAACUGUCUUUCGCUAUCCGCUUCUGUCAAUUCUACUGUGGAAACCAACAAUAUAUGCUCAACGCUGCUUGAACUGUGUGAAGGUCACGUGCCCGAUCACGUGCUCCAGAGGGCGGAGGAGGUUGGAUACAUAGUGCCGACGCCAGUACAGAAUGAGGCGCUUCCGGUGUUAUUUUCCGGCCGUGAUUGUGUGAUUCAUGCUCAGACAGGUUCAGGAAAGACCCUAGCGUACCUACUUUUGAUAUUCUCAGUUGUCAAUCCACAAAGGUCAUCCGUGCAGGCUGUGAUUGUUGUGCCCACACGAGAACUCGGUAUGCAGGUCACAAAAGUUGCUCGUACUUUGGCUGCAAAAUCUCUGCAGCUUGAGAAUGAACAGAAGUCAUGUACAGUCAUGGCUCUUUUAGACGGUGGAACAUUGAGAAGACAUAAGAGUUGGUUAAAGGUGGAACCCCCUGUUAUAGUAAUUGCUACUUUGAGGAGUCUAUGCCAGAUGCUUGACAAGCAUAUUCUUAAGUUGGAUGCCUUGCGAGUGUUGGUAAUUGAUGAGGUUGAUUUUAUGUUUAAUUCUUCCAAGGAGGUGAGCUCUUUAAAGAAGCUUUUGACAAUCCACUCGUCAAUCAAUAGCCGCCAAACUGUAUUUGCUAGUGCAUCUAUUCCUCAGCAUAGACGAUUUGUGUAUGACUGUAUACAGCAGAAAUGGACCAAGGCGAAUGUUGUGCAUGUCCAUGUAAACCCAAUAGAGCCAAUGCCUUUGUGCCUUCAUCACAGAUAUGUGAUAUGUGGUAACAGAGAGAAGUACUCUACGCUCCUACAGUUGUUACAGUCUGAUUCACCUCUAUCUGCCAUCAUUUUUGUUGGAGAGCAAUCUGAGAAGUCAAAGAAAGCUGGAAAUGCUCCGUCUACAACUCUUCUGAUUGAAUUUCUGAGAACAUCUUAUGGAGGAUGCCUAGAGUUAGUUCUGUUAGAGGAAGACAUCAAUUUUAACCAACGAGCUACUUCCAUAACUGACCUCAAGCAAUCAGGAGAUUAUCUUCUUGUUGCAACAGAUAUAGCUGGUAGAGGAGUUGAUCUGCCUGAAACAACCCAUAUAUAUAACUUUGAUAUCCCAAAAGAUGCAAUUAAUUAUCUUCAUCGGGCAGGAAGAACAGGUAGGAAGCCUUUUUCAGACAGUAAAUGUUAUGUCACCAGCAUUAUAUCAGCAGAAGAACGCUUUGUCUUGCAGAGAUUUGAGAAUGAAUUAAAAUUUCAUUGUGAAGAAUUGUUAUUUUCGGAAUAGCUCUCUGCUCUCACAUUGUAUACAACUCUUUUUUUUAUAGUUUCUAGUAGUGUACAUUUUUGUCCCUUUCCCUCA